ACCAGCGCCUCGGCUCUCCACCAGGCUCGCCGAGGCGCUGCCUGCGUUCUGCGCUCGGUCCCCGGGCCUCGGCCUGCCGCGGAGCUGGGCUCAAGAUGAAUCUCAACUUCACGUCUCCCCUCCACCCAGCGACUUCACAGAGGCCCACGUCCUUCUUCAUCGAGGACAUCCUCCUGCACAAGCCCAAGCCGCUGAGGGAGGUGGCCCCUGACCAUUUCGCCAGCUCGCUGGCCUCCCGGGUGCCUCUGCUAGACUAUGGCGACCCCCUCAUCCCCACGCCCACGCUUUUGGCGCCUCACGCCCAUCACCCUCUGCACAAGGGAGACCACCACCACCCUUAUUUUCUCACCACCUCGGGGGUGCCGGUCCCCGCGCUGUUCCCGCACCCGCAGCACGCGGAGCUGCCCGGGAAGCACUGCCGUCGCCGAAAAGCUCGCACGGUUUUCUCUGACUCGCAGCUCUCCGGCCUGGAGAAGAGGUUCGAGAUCCAGCGCUACUUGUCCACGCCAGAGCGGGUGGAGCUGGCCACCGCCCUCAGCCUGUCCGAGACGCAGGUGAAAACGUGGUUCCAGAAUCGGCGGAUGAAGCAUAAAAAGCAGUUGAGGAAAAGUCAAGACGAGCCCAAAGCGCCGGAAGGGCAGGGAAGCCCAGAGGGCAGCCCCGGGGGGCAGCACUGUCUGGCCUGGGCCUUCAAGAACAAUCGAAGCUUCCUGGCUGAAAAGGCAUUUUGUCUGCACUCUUUAGGCUUUUCCUCAGUUCAGUUCCACUUGGUGGUGAAGACCUGA